AUGACUAUCGCCGAAGAAACCCCUAAAGCAAGAGACGAUCUUCAGUAUUAUUUCUGCAGUGACAGUGUAAGAACGUUUUUCAAAGACAGUGUGCAAAAGCUUCAGUUAUUGUGGACAGUCUCUACUUAUUCAAUCAUAAGUAAAUCCAGGAGAUAUAAUAAGAUAUUGAACAAAAUUGUCAACAUCAAUGAAGAUUGUUCUGAGGAUAUCUCCAAAGAAGAUCAAUAUGAAUUAGGCCAAAGCAUAGCUGACAGUGAAAGUCCUGAAUACAUUGAAAAUGGAGAGAUAAAAGGAUCUUGGGAUAGUGAAGAGGAAAACUUCUUGAAAGUGUGUCGUAACAAGAGAAGGAUACGUAUUUUUUCUAAUUCUGAUUCCGAGGAUGAAAGGACGAGCAUUCCAAGCACAUCCCAAAAUGUAAUGGGUGAAAUUGAAAUUGCAAUUGACGGAACACAGUGGAUAAAACUGAAAGCAGGCGGAUUCAGGGGUAGGACGCCCGUUCGUAUGAUAUUCAAGGAUAUCGCAGGGCCUACUGGCUAUGCUAAGAGAAAUAUUAUGUCGGUUUAUGUAAUUAGUGCUUUCGAAUUGAUAAUUGACAGACACAUAAUGGAACACAUAAAAGAUUGCACUGAAACCGAGGCGCAUCGAGUUUUGAAAAAAAGACUGGACAAUCACAGUUGCUGA